AAUAUUGUUAUGGGUCGAUGUUGUUCGCUGUUCCUCUUAGUCAUGGAUAAUAGUAUCUGUGUGUGUUUUCAUUCUUACAUAGUCGCAAAGCCUGAUUAUGUUAUAGUAACAAAUUUAAAUCUACUAAAAUUCAAAAGCAAGUUUCUCCUGAGCGUGUGAAGUGUACGUCUAACUAACGUAGUUAAACACUAUAGUUACUUUCAAGGUAGACUUACUAUGUUGGUCAUUGUGUUGUUGUAGGUUAAUUUUUAAACAAAAGAAGAAAACAGUGGAGCGUAAGUGAAAUAACUAUAUUAUUUGAAUCCGAACACUAAAUCGUGACACUAUUUCAACCAUGGCAGAAGAUGCAUCAGCCGCAAAUGAUUUUGCACAUGCGCCCAAUCUGAGCAAAGAAGAGAUUGCUUUGAGAUAUUCAAAGUGGGCUCAAGGAGCGCAAUAUGAGCAGGACCUAUCAGAAGAGAAUUACAAAGGUCCUGCCAUCACUGCUGACGUCCUAGCUGAGCUGUUUCCUGAUGAAGACUCACGUGGAGAUGUUUACAUACUAGAUGUCGCUGCUGGCUCUGGCUUUGCUGGGGAAAAGUUGGUACAAAAAGGUUUUCAAAAGUUAGAUGCUCUUGAGCCGAGUGAAGGCAUGCUAAAUCUGGCUAUAGGCAAGGGAAUCUACACCAGGACAUUCCAGACAUUCCUAAAUGGACCGACCAAUUGUAUCCUAUCAGGUUCCUACGAUGUGGCCCUCAUAUGUGGAGGUAUGGGAGAAGGUCAUAUACCUUGCAGUGGUCUUGAUGAAUUGAUCCGUGUAGUUCGACCAGGAGGUCUGGCUGUGAUAGUGAUGCGAGAAACGUACCUGACUAGUGUAGUCGAGUAUAAGGACAGACUGGAGCCUAGAAUGAAAGAGUUGGAACUAGAAGGCAAAUGGACCUCCGUCAUGAGGAGAGUGGUACCGAAAUAUUCCUUUGAAAACAACGGAGUUGUCUUUGUAUUUAGAGUUCUGUAGACUUAAUGUAUUAGCACAAACUAUUUAUUUAUAUUUUAUUGGUAUUUAAUUGAUUCAAUAUUAAUAAAUUUAGCACGUGAAAAUGGUAUAACACAAUCUUCUAGGCAGGAGAGACUAAUCGUUUUCAGUGUUUGAAAAAUACUGCCUUUAGAUUGACAUUUUUUUGUAUUCAUGAGAUAUGUAAUGAGGGGACAUUAUUUAUUUUUAUAUUCAAAUAGAAUAUUGGGUUGCUUCGAAAGAAAAAUGUUUAUGCCAUGCAAUUAUCUAAACGUUUAGGAUUUAUACUCGAGUAUAAUUUAUACAUGAGUUAGGGCUAGUAUUAAGUAUUAUAGUCUACAUUCUACACUACUGAUUUAAGUUUUUUUUUAAAUUUGUAAUUUAGAUUUAAUAUUGUAUUUGACUUUAAAUUGGGGGAAAGGAAAAUCACUUACAGCCAGUAUCGCAAUAAGAAUCUCUAUUAUUAAUCAUUUACAUGCAUUUCAUGUUGGUUAACUGGUGAUUUUAUUACUUUGUGUGUGUGUGUGAUCUGUGUACCAACUCUCGCCACCUCUUAUUUUAUUUCAUUGUAUAGUAGAAUGAUUGUUAUCGUGUUUCUAUCAUGUCAAGAUAUGAGCUAGAGCAGCUAGACCUAUUUCCUAGUAGAACAUGGCCUAGAGUCCUCCAUAGAGAAAUGCACAUUGUGUUUAGAUUACAUUCACAUGGGAUUGUCAAGAAACGUUGCCUUUAAACAGGGGCGGACUGGCUGUAUGGGCAUUCGGGCUAAUGCCCAUUGGGCCGGUAAUCAAGUGGGCCGGUAGGACCACAGUGAUCCUGUUCAUUUUUGACGUCACGUCAGUAUUUUGUAAGAUAAGGGCACUUAAUGCCACAAUGUCACGUAUUAAAUUGUUAAAGGGUUUAUAAUAUUCUCUUACAAAAAGGGCCCUCUGAGCGACGUUUUUUUUUUUAAAAUAAUCUUUUACAGACUCUAUUAGGGCCUAAUAAUUUAAUCUAACACAUUUUUCGAAAUAAAGUAAUAGCCUACAUCCGAAGACAGAGCUACUAGUAGGCUUAAUCCUUUUAGGGCCUACAUAAUUUGCGAUAGAAAAACAAAAAAGGGCCUAUAUACUUCUUAUAAGUAUAUAUUGUUCACUGUAUGCAUGUGUACAGCUAUCGAUACAUUAUCAAACUUAACAGAAUGAUUUUCAGGACAGGACAGGUAGACCUAGAAUUGGAUGUCCAUCAUAUGGGCCGGAUGGUAUAGAAAUGACCAGGCUAAUUUUGACACCCAGUCCGCCCCUGCCUUUAAAUACUUUAAAUGUACUAUGACCAAUACAUUGCGUUACAGUUGUUCUGAAAUAGUUGUAUCAAUUGCUAGCAUUAGGCUGUCUUUAAAUAGAAACAGGUUCAGCUCUGUUACAAAUUAAUUUAAAAUAAAACAUGAUGCUCUUAAUUUUUGUUGCCAGAAUUUUGUUUUUGACAACAUAACCUGAUUUCUAUCACCACCGGUAUCUCCUGUUGCCAACUUGAACUCUGCACAGCCAUGAUGUUUUAAGAUAAUUUAGCCCUUAUUUUGCCUUGUUAUCAUAUUCAUUGCAAACCUUCCUUCAGCUUAUUCACGUAUUAAUCUAGACGAUAUGGUUAGUAGAUACUGCUCUGCUUUUUUUUGUUUUUUUAACAGCGCUCUAUAAAUUAAAUUAUUUUUAUUACCAUCAUCACCAUCAUUCAUGCCAUGUUUAUGUGAACCAGAGGCAUUUGGAAUAAGAAAUGGUAUUUAAUCA